AAUGAAAUGGAAUGAUAUGAAUUGAUUUUCUGUGUUUGUUUGUUCAACGGUUUUUACCAAAAAAAAAAGUUUUUUUUGAUUGCAUGUUGUGAAUAUUUUGAUUUUUUUUCCGAAGAAAAACGCUUGAAGAAUAUUCGAUAAUACGAUGAUAAUGAUGAUUCCAAAAAGAUCAUUGCAUAUUGCUCGUCAGAUUGCAGGUCGUCGUGGUGGUCAUCGUUAUCGUGGUCAUCUACCACCGUUAUUAUCAUUGCCAUCGAAUAAUCAAUUGAUUCAACAUCGACGUUCAUUCGUAUCGUUAGUUGGUGUUAUACGAUCGGUUCUAAAAAUUCGUUAUAUAAUUCUUGGUUCAGCUGUUGGUGGUGGUAUACAUGCUAAUAAUAAAUAUCAACAAUGGAAAGAAAAUUUACCCGAUUUUACUGGUUGGAUUAAAGAUUUUAUGCCGGAUCAAGCUAAACAAAAUCAACUAAAAGAUACAUUAUUAGAUUUAAAACAAAAAUUAGUAACUGAAAAUGGAUUUUUUGAUCGUUUAUCCGAAAAUACUGAAGCAACCAUACGACAAUUUCGUGAAAUGAUUCGUGAACGUCAACAAAGACAACAACAAGAACUUUUGUUUCUAUCAUCAGAAAAUGAUUCAUCGUCAACGUCAUCGCCAAAAUCAUCCAUUUAUAAUAACGGUAAUUCUUGGUCUGAUGAUUCGACCGACAACGAUAAUGAUAGUGAUGAUAAUUCGAUAUUGCUCGAUUCGAAUGUACAACAUCUGAAAAAUCCAUUUGCAAAAGAUCAACCAUCACCUGGUGCAGGUAUUGCUGGUGGUGGUGAAAGAGAACGAAUCGAUAAAUUACAAAAUGAAUUGAUUCGAAUACAGAAUAAAUAUCAAAAAGAAAUUGAACGUCUUGAAAAUGAAAAUAAACGUCUGAAACAAUCAUUAUUACUACGAACGGAUAAAUCACAUGUAUCGGAAAAGCUAAAAAAAGCCAAUAAAACUUUAAUCGAUCUUUAUUCGGAUGUAUUGGAUGAAUUGAAUGAAUUUGAUUCAAAUUAUCAAACACAAGAUCAUCUACCAAGGGUUAUUGUUGUUGGUGAUCAAAGUGCCGGGAAAACAUCGGUUUUGGAAAUGAUUGCACAUGCACGAAUAUUUCCACGUGGUGCAGGUGAAAUGAUGACCCGUUCACCGGUUAAAGUUACAUUGAAAGAAGGACCAUAUCAUAUUGCUAAAUUUAAAGAUCAAGAUCGUGAAUAUGAUCUGACUAGGGAAUCAGAAUUGGCUGAAUUACGUUCGGCUAUUGAACGACGAAUGAAAGCACGAGUAAAACCCGGACAAACUGUUAGUAAAGAUGUUAUUUCGUUAACAGUUGAAGGUCCUGGUCUUCCACGGAUGGUUUUAAUCGAUUUACCUGGUGUAAUUAGUACGGUAACAACAGAAAUGGCUACCGAUACCAGGCAAGCAAUCGAAGAAAUAACCAAAUAUUAUAUGGGAAAUCCUAAUGCCAUAAUUCUAUGUGUUCAAGAUGGAUCGGUUGAUGCUGAACGUUCAAUCGUAACGGAUUUGGUUUCACAAAUGGAUCCACAAGGACGGCGAACAAUUUUUGUUAUGACAAAAAUCGAUCUGGCCGAACAGAAUAUGUCAAAUCCAACACGUUUGAAAAAAAUUCUUGAAGGAAAAUUGUUCCCAAUGAAAGCUUUGGGUUAUUUUGCCGUUGUUACUGGUCGUGGUGGUAAAGAUGAUUCAAUCGAUUCGAUAAAAGAAUAUGAAGAAAAAUUUUUCAAAGAUUCUCGGCUUUGUCAACAAGGCAUUUUGAAUGCAUCACAAUGUACAACACAAAAUUUAAGUUUUGCUGUAUCGGAUUGUUUUUGGAAAAUGGUAAAAUCGGCUGUUGAACAACAAGCUGAUCUUUAUAAAGCCAGAAAAUUUAAUCUGGAAACUGAAUGGAAAAAUUUGUUUAGUAAAUAUCGUGAAUUAGAUCGUGAUGAAUUAUUUGAAAUUGGUAAAAAUCAAAUAUUGGAUCAAAUAAUCAAACUAAGUCAUUUGAAUGAAUUAUAUUGGGAAACUAAAUUUUUUCAACAUUUAAAUGAAAAUUUUAAAAAAUUUAUAUUUGAAGAUAUUUAUCUGCCUUGUGCUGAAAAAUCUGAUUUAGAAAAUUUUAAUGUUUUAAUUGAUAUAAAACUGAAAAAUUGGAUUGAUAAUGAAUUACCUGGGAAGACUGUGGAAACUGGUUGGCAAGUAUUACGUGAACAAUUUGAACGGACUUUGAUACCAAAUCGUAAAUCAUGUGAUCAUCAUCAACAGCAAAAUAAUCACCAGCAAAAUUACCACCAGAAUUAUGAUGAAAAUGAUGAUCAAUUAUUUUUGAGAUUAAAAAUGGCCGUUGCUGAAGCCGUUCUGCAAAAUCAUCGUUGGGAUUCAAAAGCAACAGAUGUUAUAAAAUUAUUACAAAUGAAUUCAUCGGAAGAUCGUAUUGUUUCUUCGAAAGAAAAAUGGAAAGAAUCGGCAAAAUAUUGGCAAGAAUUAAUUAAUGAUCGUAUUGUUUCGACGGAAAAUCGUUUGAAUGAAUUGUUUGGACCAAAUUGGCUACAAAGAUGGCUACAAUGGUCAUAUCGUUCAGAUGAUCAAUUGAUUAAUGUCAAUAUUAAAAAUGAAUUGGAUUUAUUGAUUGCAAAUAGUCAGAAUCAAAAUCAAAAUGGUUUAAAACCAGUUUUAGAUGCUGAAGAUAUUUUAAUGGUUAAAAAACGUUUACGUUCGAAUAAAAUUGAAGUUACCGAUGAUGAUAUUCAAACAAUUUGGUCAGAAUUAUUUAAACAUUAUUUCCUCAAUAAAUUAAUGUCAAAAGCAGAAAAUUGUGAAAAAUUAUAUGCACAUCAUAUGUAUAAAUUAGAUUCGGAUAUUUCCUGUGAUGAUGUUGUAUUUUUCUAUCGUAUACGACAUAUAUUACAAGCAUCAUCUCGUGCAUUACGACAACAAACAACAAAUAUUGAAAUUCAACGUUUAAAUCGUGAAUUAAAAGAAAUUCUUGAUGAUUUUAAUCAAGAUUAUCAACAAAAAUCUACGUUGCUUGUUGGUAAACGUGUUGAAUUGGCCGAAGAAUUGAAACGAGUUCGAAGGAUACAGGAAAAACUUGAAGAAUUUAUUGCCGCAUUAAAUCAGGAAAAAUGAUUCGAAUUUGGAUGGAAUGAAUCUUUGAUGUUAUCAUCUUGAUCUUGUUUAUCAAUUUUUUUUAUUUAUUUUCAAUUUUGUAUAGUGAAUAUUUUUGUUUGUUUGUUUGUUGUGAUUUGAUAUUUGA